AUGAAUGCCCUUUUGUCGUCUCAAAUGAUUAACGCAGACGAUCCAGAUUAUUACACAGUACUUGAAAUUGACCGAACUGCUGAUGCAGAGGGCGUGAAAAGGGCAUAUAGGAAACUGGCCCUAAAAUGGCACCCAGACAAAAACCCAAAUAAUAAGGAGGAAGCUGAAAAGCGUUUUAAAUUGAUUAGCGAAGCAUACGAAGUUCUUUCUGAUCCAUCUAAGAAACAAAUGUACGAUACGUAUGGCAAGCAAGGACUAGUUAAUGGUGGAACUUCCAGUAGUGCCACAUUUGAUCCUUCACAAUUCGUGGCUGGAUUGGAUCCAUUUUUCGCCUUCCGACCAUUUGGAUUUAACUUUCGUGAUCCAAUGGACAUAUUCAGGGAAGUUUUUGCAGGUUCCGGGAUUGAUCUACUGUUUUCAGCUCCUGGCAUUCAUGAUGUCUCUGGCGUUUCUAAUCAUUUCCACGAUCGCGUCCAUCGUUCUAGCACAGCUCACAGAGCUGCUCGUUAUGCAAAUGCACAUAAUCCAUAUGCUCAAUGCCGCAGUAAUAGUACGCAUCUUCAAGCGUAUAAUCCCCAAGCAGCUGCCAUGCAUGUUGCCAGCCCUGCCGAUGUUAUGACUAACGUCUUUGGCUCAUUCUUUGGUGGCGGUGGUCUUUUCCCGCAAAUGAACAUGUUUAGUUCUCCAUUCGGCUCAACGACUAUGUUUUCAAGCACUGCUGGAGGCGGAGGAAACUUUCGAUCGGUUUCAUCUUCUUCUCGCGUUGUAAACGGGCGAGUAGUAAAAACCACCACUGUGGUUGAAAAUGGUGUCGAAACGAUCACCGAAGAAAUCGAUGGUCAAGUCACUAAUCAAACUAUACGGCAAUGUGGCGCCGGUGCCGUUCAGGCCCUGUGA